AGUUCCUACAAGAGCGUUAGAAACUGUUGCUCGGUUUUAUUCUGAAAUUAUAUCUCGUAUACGAUAUACCUGAUCCCUUAAAUCCGAAAAAGUGUUUGUGAUAUAUACUUUAGCGACGUUUUAUAAAUUUCUAUUAUUAGCUUAAUUAAGGAUAAAGAUUUCGAAAACAGGGUGGGUAUCCUGCCAAACUAAAAAAGGUGCUCAUUGUUACCGCGCCUCUAUGGUUUAAAGCGCCAUUCAAAAUACUUCGAUUAUUCGUUCGAGAAAAGCUGCGAGAAAGAGUUUAUACUGUGUCAGUGGCCCAAUUAUCCAGUCACAUCCCGAGGGAAUCGCUUCCCACCCAACUGGGAGGCUCCCUAGUCCUGGACCAUAAUGUUUGGUUGUCGCACUGCAUACAGUCAAUGACUAGUACAAGACCAGAAUCGCCGAUUUCACAUUAUGAUGGUAAGACGCCGUCGCCCCAAAAGCGUACCUCGGCUCCAAGCGACAUCGACAUCUCCGGUUCAGGAAACGGCGUAGAUAGUUGGGCGGAGGAGGCGAAUUUAAAUCCUCCAAGUAGCGCUUCAAGCGGCUUCUCCGAUGAUGAUUCUCUUCACGGAGAUGGUGCUGCUUUGACUGCUAUGCAAUUAGUAGAUUAUGUUAGGGAUAGAGGAAGAUCUGGUUUAAUGCAAGAGUAUGCUGAAAUUAGGUCGAGACCUCCUGAUGGUACAUUUAACAUAGCCAAAUCAAAAAGUAACCUUCCCAAAAAUAGGUAUACCGAUGUGCUGUGCUACGACCAUAGUCGCGUGAUUCUUACUGAACUGGACAAUGACAAAGAUAGUGAUUACAUUCACGCAAAUUUCGUGGAUGGGUAUAAGCAAAAGAAUGCUUUUAUUAAUACACAAGGACCCCUCUCAAAGACAACGCCAGAUUUCUGGCGGAUGAUUUGGGAACAACACACAUUAGUAAUUGUUAUGACAACUAGAGCUAUGGAACGAGGAAGACCAAAAUGCCACCAAUACUGGGAACCUGAAGUUGGUUGGGAAACAACGUAUGGUCAGUUUGGCGUUAAGACGGAGUCUAUAGAAACUGAUAAGGAUUAUACAGUUACUACUAUUAGUUUAACGAAUAACAAAACUGAAGAAACUCGCGAAGUCUCUCAUUGGCAAUUCACCUCGUGGCCGGAUUAUGGAGUUCCUCAUUCUGCAAAAGCCAUGUUAGAAUUUCUUGAAAGAGUUAGGAGGAAACAAGCCAGUAUGGUAGUUGAAUUAGGUGAUACAUGGGCUGGUCACCCUAGGGGACCACCGAUAGUUGUGCAUUGCAGUGCUGGCAUCGGUAGAACAGGUACUUUCUGCACACUGGAUAUAUGCAUCUCCAGACUAGAAGACGUGGGCACGGCCGAUAUUCGAGGUACAGUUGAGCGGAUUAGAUCACAACGAGCGUAUUCCAUCCAAAUGCCUGAUCAGUACAUAUUUUGUCAUUUGGCUCUUAUAGAAUAUGCCCUAAUGAAGAGCCAUCUGCAAACCGCCGAUCUUACCGGGUUUGAUCAGGCCGUGGAAGAAGAUUCUGAUUGAAGAGUCGCUGUCUUUGAGCGAAGAGAAAUAUAGGUGUAAAUUUUUAACAAUUUUUUUAAUGAACGGUUUACCUAGUUGCUUUUCGAAGGUUUCCUAUGGAAGCGAUAUGAACGGAGUUUGUUUUUUGUAGGAAGAAUGAACGAAAAUAAUUGUUUUGGUUUUGUUAUUAGACGAGCCGAGGAUGUUUUAAAUUUUAAAUCUGGGAUUUCUGUUUGCUAACAAUUGCAGAAAAAUUAUGUCAGUCAUUUAGAUUAAAUAUCGAAUUAUGUAUUGUAUAUUUUUUUCAAUUUAUUUAUUUAUUAAUAGUUCAACUUAUUAUAACUUUCAAAUAAAAACAACAAAUUUGUUA